AUGAAUAACUUCAAGGGAGUUAUACCUCCAACUAUUCAGCUGAAAUCUUCUCCUUAUCCAACAAUAAUUAGUUUAGCAGGUAACAACUUUCAAGGUCCUAUCCCUUCUAAGCUUGAGAAUGUUAAUGUCAUCGAUUUGUCACUUAACAAUCUCAUAGGCUCAAUUCCAACACAGAUAGGGGAAGUUCAUGGUAUCAGGUCCAUAUCGUUAUCCGGAAACAAAAUCCAUGGUCCAAUACCUGAAUCACUUUGCCAAGCGGCUAAUGUUCUCCAGGUUCUUGAUCUGUCUAAUAACAGCUUGUCAGGCACUAUUCGACGUAAUUUGGCAAACUGCAAGUCUCUCAUUUACCUUAAUCUUGAACAAAACAAGCUAACCGGAACUGUUCCAAAAGAACUUGAACGCGUUACAAGCCUUCGUUACCUUGACCUGAAUGGAAAUGAGUUUGAAG